UCACCCCCCAUAGACAUCACUCCAGCGCUAGUAGCCUACUCGGAGCAUUCAUCUUCUUUCCGUCCACAUGCAUUCGUUCUCGUUUCACUAAAGGAGGUGUAGUUUGUCCGAUUGCUCUGCUAAAAGGGGUUGGACAAAAAUAUUUUCCAUCUUGAAAAAUUGCAAAAGCUUCGCAACAUGGCGUCAAUAGGAGAUUUCGACCCGCUCAAUGCUUCCAUCCCUGCCACCAAAGUUGAAAUCACAGUGUCUUGCAGAAAUCUGCUGGACAUGGACACCUUUUCCAAAUCAGAUCCAAUAUGCGUUCUGUACACACAAGGCAUCAGCAAUAAGGAGUGGAGAGAGUUUGGAAGGACAGAGGUGAUUGAAAACACUCUCAACCCGGAGUUUGUUCGUAAAUUCAUCUUGGAUUAUUUCUUUGAGGAACGACAGAAUCUGAGAUUUGACCUGUACGACGUCGACUCAAAGAGCGCCAACCUGUCGAAACAUGACUUCCUUGGCCAGGCGUUCUGUACGUUGGGAGAGGUGGUGGGAUCGCUGGGCAGCCGCAUGAAGAAACCUCUCGUGGGCCUUCCUGGAAAGAAGUGUGGAGACAUCAUUGUUAAGGCAGAAGAGAUGGGAAACUGCAGGGAGUCGGUGAUGAUGCAGUUCUGUGGGAAUAAACUGGACAAGAAAGAUUUCUUCGGCAAGUCGGACCCUUUCCUCGUCUUCUACCGCAGCAAUGAAGAUGGAACGUUCACAACCUGCCAUAAGACAGAGGUGGUGAAGAACACACUAAACCCAGUGUGGCAGGCCUUCAAGAUACCCGUCAGAGCACUCUGCAACGGAGACUACGACAGAACGAUCAAGAUAGAAUGCUACGACUGGGACAGAGAUGGAAGCCAUGACUUCAUAGGAGAGUUCACUACCAGCUACAGAGAGCUAUCCAGAGGCCAGUCCCAGUUCAAUGUGUAUGAGGUUGUAAAUCCAAAGAAGAAAGGAAAAAAGAAAAAAUACCUCAACUCUGGAACGGUAACACUGCUCUCAUUCCUGGUGGAUAUAGAGGUCACCUUCCUCGACUACAUCAAAGGAGGGACCCAGAUUAAUUUCACAGUGGCGAUUGAUUUCACCGCUUCAAACGGCAACCCAACCCAGCCCACCUCCCUCCACUACAUGAGUCCCUACCAGAUGAAUGCCUACGCCAUGGCCAUGAAGGCUGUAGGGGAGAUCAUCCAGGACUACGACAGUGAUAAGAUGUUCCCUGCUUUGGGCUUCGGAGCCAAGCUGCCCCCUGACGGACGGGUCUCACAUGAGUUCGCCCUGAAUGGCAACCCCCAAAACCCAUACUGUGCAGGUAUAGAUGGAGUGAUGGAGGCAUAUUACCAGAGCCUGAAGUCUGUCUGCCUCUACGGCCCAACCAACUUCUCCCCUGUCAUCAACCACGUGGCCAGGUAUGCUGCGUCAGUGAAGGAUGGCUCUCAGUACUUCAUCCUCCUCAUCAUCACAGAUGGAGUCAUCUCAGACAUGGCCCAGACCAAGGAGUCCAUCGUCAACGCUUCGUGUCUUCCAAUGUCGAUUAUCAUCGUAGGGGUGGGACCAGCAGAAUUUGAUGCAAUGAUUGAGUUGGACGGGGAUGAAGUGAGGAUCUCGUCGAAGGGAAGAUAUGCAGAGAGGGACAUUGUUCAGUUUGUCCCAUUCAGAGACUACACCGAUCGGACAGGGAACCACAUCCUGAGUAUGGCCCGUCUAGCCAAGGAUGUCCUGGCUGAGAUCCCUGACCAGUUCCUCUCCUACAUGAGGAUCAGAGGCAUCAAGCCCUCGCCCGCACCCCCUCCAUACACCCCCCCAGGACACCCCCUGCAGACGCAGAUCUGAAGGGUGCGGAGAUGCCCCCUGGUCCCAAACAAAAACCUCUUCAAAUAUGUAUUCGUCUCUCUCCUCUCUGCAUCACUCGCUCAGUGAUAGGAGAGGCCUUCUUGGCUUUCUCGCACUCUCUCAUUGCACUAAUGGAGGCUGACUGACUGGCAGGGUUCUAUUAGUUUUUACUGAGCGGUCCUAAAGGGUUCUACUUUGGAACGGGCGGAUGGAGUCAACAGGGGCAUGUUUACUUUCAUUGUCAAGCGUUCCUCUGUUUGGACUUCGUGUAUAUCGGCCAAUUGGAGACACUCUCUGGGACACACCCGGGAAGAUGGACAGAGUCUGGUCUUCCCAACUCACCUGGCAAGGAAUGAAGGAUUUAAGGAAAGAACGAAAGGAAGAAGGAAGGAUGACAGGAGGAUAGGAAGGAAGUUCCUGGGGACUGGCAUUUUUCAGGAGCAGAGUGGUGAAAAGGUUCUAUCGUCUGGAUGUGGUAUCACUUGACUGUUGUAAAUAACUGGAAAUAUAUUUCUAUCUCUCUCUACUCUGUCUCUCUAUUCUUCCAACUCUCACUCAAUGUUUACAGUACAUGUUAAUGAUAAUGAGUUUUACUAUUGGACGCAUGUAUAAAAUACAGUACCAGUCAAAAGUUUGGACACAUCUACUCAUUCAAGGGUUUUUCUUUAUUUUGACUAUUUUCUACAUUGUAGAAUAAUAGUGAAGAC